GCCUAUGCCUACUCGGUCAUCCAGUACGCCGGGUCGAGUUCUGAUUGAGAAGGGAAUUCGCAAUUUGAUCUAUGACGAGUUAGCAAGAGCCCUCGGAGUGGAAGCCAAACAUGAGGACGAUUGGGAGGAAUAUGCCAUCCAAAGUUUCGACGUGAAUGCCACAUUUCUGAAGUUUUGUCUUCCAAAGUACCCAAGGACAAAGUUUAAUUCGGCCCUCACAACGACAUCCACACUCCAGCCCCAGUGGCGUGUUAUCGUUUCACUCCUGGCUCGAUCCCUGUACCCGGCUUACCACAACCCGAACAAGAAAACUGAGAGAAUCUUAUUGGCUUGUUCCUGCAUGGUGGACCUAUCUAGCACUCUGCACCUGGGUUCAGUCAUAGCCACUUCUUUUGCCAAGGCCAAUGGGGGGAACCGUCGUUAUGUCACAUCAAUGGGUCCCUACCUGCCUUGCUCGAUACUUUAAUGUCAGCCUUGCAGGGUGCUCGAAAGAGGGGCACACCAAGAGAUUUGACGAGUGCACUCUACACUCCAUGCUCUUAUUGUGCACCUUUGGCCUAAUGCAAUACAUUGAGGGAUUGAGUCCUGACUCCGAGGUCCCACCACUAGCAGAGCAGCCACCUGCUCAAGCACCCGGCCGCCGUCGGCGUUCAGCGCUCCAGCGCCCAACACAGCCACUACCACUAGCAGCAGGUGAUCCCCUCGUCCAGAGGGUGGAUCACCUUGAGACGAGCUUCGUGGGAUUCUCUUCCCGCCUGGACCGGCGGACUGACAUCCUCGAGCUUAUGGCUCAACGCCAGGACAUCCUACCAAAUGAGGUCGCGGGUCCUUCCACCAGAGAGAGGUAGCCGACGAGUGAGACAUGUGGCAGAGCUGAAGCCUUUCGCCCCACUUCUCCACUUGUAACCCUGAACUUAUUUUUGGUUGUUGUUGUUUUUGUUAUUUUUCUUCAUUGUGUGUGUGUGUGUGACAUAAACCACUAAUAUCGUAUUGUUUUUGUAAUAACCUCGCCUCGAGCGAUUCGUAUUGUGCUUGUGUGUGUGUUUUUUGUCUCUCCUUGAAGCUCAAAAUAUCCUACCCUGGAUUCAAUUCCAACUUUCACUCAUCAAGCCCAAGCGGUAACAUCAUUCUACCCCUUUCUUACGCCAUUAAGGGCAAUGUCGAGUUUAAGUGUGGGGGGUAGUUUACUAUUAUGCUUGUGUGAGUGUGAUGGAUGCUUGGAUCCUUCAUAUAUUCCCAAAUUUCAAAAAUUUGAGGGCUCAAAGCAAUGUUUGCAUGAUCAAAGUGGCCGGUGUGUGAGAAACUCUUGGUUUUAUUGACAUUGAUCUUGAAUUGUUGCAUGUGAUCGAGUAUAUCGUAUGAUGAUGACUGAGAGGUUCAUUAGGAUAUUGCACAAGUUUAGUUCUCAUGUGUGCAUAAAUGAAUGGAUGUCUUGACU